UUGACUGCGUUGCUGGGAAACGGCAAACGGGAGAAACAAAGUUCUGCUUCGGUUAUUACCGGACUCGGUUUCACUCCGGUGUACCGGAAAGUGUCUCGACAUGGAGAUCGUUCAUGUUUACACCAAGGACCGGGAGGAGUUCGGCCGCCAGUGUCUCCUGUCGGACCGACCCGCGGAGCUGCUGCUGGACGUUCUUCCGGAUCAGAACCUCGCCUCGAACUUCAUCCAGAGAAGCCACAGAGACCAGGCGGUGCAGGCCGGCAGGCAGGUGUCCGAGCACCAGGUGAACACUGAACGCUUCGAGUCCGACAGCUGUGGGAUAAACCAUGUGGAAGGGGGGUGGCCCAAAGACAUCAACCCCCUUGACAUGGAACAAACCAUCCGUUUCAGGAAGAAGGCAGAAAAAGACGAGAGCUACUUGAACAGCAUCCCACAGCUGGGCAGUGUCGCAGAACAUUGUGGGAGACAGAACAAUGCCGUGGACAUCUACCAAGAGCCCUUUGAUGGCUGGGAGGAAGUAGAAGAAAGUCCAGAGCCACCGUCUGCCAAGACUAUCAACAUAUUCAGAGAUCCUAAUGAAGUCAAACGUACUGUCACAGGCCUUUCAUGGCAUCCUGAUGGUGGCCGGAAGUUGGCGGCCGCCUACUCCUGCCUCGACUUCCAGAAAGCCUCCAGAGACAUGAGCCUGGACUCAUACAUCUGGGACGUGGAGAACCCGAACCGACCAGAGCUGACCCUGAAGCCAGCAUCACCACUCGUCUGUCUGGACUACAACCCCAAAGAUCCCCACACUCUGGUGGGAGGCAGCUACAAUGGACAGAUUGUGUACUGGGACACCCGGAGAGGCAGCCAGCCAGUGGAGUUAUCUUCUGUGGAGCAUAGUCACAGAGAUCCAGUAUACAAGAUCAUCUGGCUGCAGUCCAAGACUGGGACAGACGCCUUCUCUGCCUCCACAGACGGACAGGUUCUCUGGUGGGACGUCCGGCGGCUAAGCGAGCCCACAGAGCGCCUGGUUUUGGACCCGACUCGGGAGGGGAACCUGGACCGGGCUUUAGGAGCAAUCUCUCUGGAGUUUGAGGCCACCAUGCCAACUAAGUUCAUGGUGGGGACGGAGCAGGGCCUGGUCGUCUCCUGCAACCGGAAGGCAAAGACUCCGACCGAGAAGAUCGUCUGUACAUAUGACGGCCACCACGGUCCGGUCUACGCCCUGCAGAGGAACCCUUUCUUCCCCAAAAACUUCCUCACCGUGGGGGACUGGACGGCUCGCAUCUGGUCCGAGGACAUCAAGGAGUCGUCCAUCAUGUGCACCAAGUACCAGAUGUCAUAUCUGACAGAUGCCUGUUGGAGUCCAGUACGACCCUCAGUCUUCUUCACCCUGAAGAUGGAUGGCAUGUUGGAUGUGUGGGACAUCCUGUUCAAACAGAGUGAUCCCACGCUGAGUCUCAAGGUGUGUGACAGAGCACUGUACAGCCUCCGUGUUCAAGAUAAUGGCCGUCUGGUGGCGUGCGGCUCUCAGCAGGGCGAAACAACGCUGCUGGAGAUUUGUUCUGAACUGUCGACCCUCCAGAAGAACGAGAAGAGUCUUCUGGCUGCUAUGUUUGAACGAGAGACAAAACGAGAGAAGAUCCUGGAGGCCCGACAGAGAGAGAUCCGUCUGAAGGAGAGGAGUCGCUCAGAGCAGAGCCGAGAGGAGGAGAUUGGACGGGAGGACGGCGAGGACGACCCCGAUCAGCUGAUCGCCAGAGCUGAGAGGGACUUCUACAACCAGGUGGAGGCGGAGUUAAAGAGGAGGGAGAUGAGGGAGGAGGAGGCGCUGAGGGUGAGUCACUCAUGCAGCCUCAUAUCAUCACACUUCCACCUCCGUGCUUCACUGUCAGGACGAUGCAUCCACUGUGGUAGUCCUGGUCAGGUUCACACCAAACAUGCUGGACUCCAUCUGAGCCCAACUCAUUUAUCUUCAUCUGACCAAAGAAUGUUCUCCAACAUUCAUCAGGUUUCUUUUCAUGUUCUUUAGCAAACCUUCAUCUGGAAGUUUAGUUCUCAGCAGCAACCAGGUGUUUUUUCUUGUCCUCCUUCCAUAGAGGUUGAUGUUCUAAAGUGUCCUUCACACUGUCUGAGCUUCACACAAACUCUGAUUUCCAUUCAUAACCCCUGUAGCAAAUCUGAAGCAGCUGCCAUCUGUUUUUCACAGAUACAUUGUGAAAGUAGUUCCCUGUCUGUGGAGUCAUUUUAGGAGCUCUGAUUAGUGGAACUAUGGCUCCUUUUAUACCUCCUGGUAACUCCUGACACUGUGAUUUUCUGGUUUUUCAUUGCUCACUGAUCUGCUUGGAUCCUUUUCCAUCUUUGUCAAGUCUCACAGUCAGAUUUUUCACUUCCUCUGCUCAAUUCUUUUCCAUGUGGAUCCAUGAUUAUGAUAGACCCAGUCCAUAGGUCCAGAACUGAGAAAGUUCUGCUGUUUACAGCUCAUUUUAGAACCAUGUUCUUCAGUCAGACUGAUUGGAAAUCACAGCUGGAUUCAGUUUAGUUUCACUGAUCACAGCUGGAUUCAUUUUGGAUCACUGAGUUUCUACUUUGAAACCUGAAUUUUUUUAAAAAAAGGAUUUGCUUUUGGUUGUUCGUCAGAGUCAAAACUCUGCUGUUUAUCUUAGAAGUAAUCUGAUUACUGUGAUUUCAUCCAGUGUAGAAUCAUUUAAUAUUCAGGUGAUAUUAUGCACUGCUGCUGUAAACU